ACCGACCAAUAGGAACCGUUUGCGUCUGAACCGUUACUUCCGGGAGUCUCAAUAAGCAAGUAUUUUUUCAUUCGAUGUUUCUUUGUAUUUCAUUUAAACAAAGCUAACAAAUAAAGCUACGUGGACACAAAACGUUUAGAAAAUGAACCGUAUAUUUGGACGCGGAAAGCCCAAAUCGCCUGCUCCAAAUCUGUCGGACUGUAUCGGAAAUGUGGAUGCAAGAUCAGAGUCCAUAGAAAAGAAGAUUGGCAGACUAGAUUCUGAGCUUGUGAAGUACAAAGAUCAGAUGAAGAAGAUGAGAGAUGGGCCCUCGAAGAACAUGGUCAAACAGAAGGCUUUGAGAGUCCUGAAGCAGAAGAGAAUGUACGAAGGUCAAAGAGAGCAGCUGGCUCAGCAGUCUUUCAACAUGGAGCAGACAAACUACACCAUCCAGACAUUAAAGGACACCAAAACCACUGUGGAGGCCAUGAAGAUCGGUGCAAAGGAAAUGAAAAGAGCUUACAAGGACGUCAAAGUUGAUCAAAUUGAUGAUUUACAGGAUCAACUGGAGGACAUGAUGGAGGACGCCAACGAGGUACAAGAGGCGCUGAGCCGCAGCUACGGCACUCCAGAUAUAGACGAGGAUGACCUUGAAGCAGAGCUGGACGCACUGGGGGACGAGCUGCUGCUGGACGACGACAGCUCGUACCUGGACGAGGCCUCAGCCUCCCCAUCUAUCCCCGAGGGAAUCCCAAGCGACGCCAAGACAAACAAGGACGGCGUUUUGGUGGAUGAGUUUGGCCUGCCACAGAUCCCUGCCUCGUAAACAAGGGAUGGAUUCAAGCAACUGCACUUCAACUGAAAACACUUUUAUAAGAGUAACAUUUGUACAUGCAAAACAUUUGACCUGAGAACACUACAAUUUUGAAGCUGUCCAUGUGUUGGGUUGUGUAUUGAUACCACUACCGUGCUAGUAUGCGGCUUUGUAACGUACAACACCUUUUUAUUUAUUCAACAUGAUUUCCUUUUCGUUCCUUUCCUUCCUCAUGUCUAGCACUUCUCCAUCAGUCUCGUCCAUCGCCAGAAUUACAAAGCUUGUAUUUAUUUGUCUUAAUUGUGUUCUAGUUUUGUGUCUUGUUCGGUCAUCACUGUUACGUUUUCUUUGGAGAUUAUUCUGAAUCUGUAGGUAAUUUUAAACAUGCAAAAAUAAAUUAUGUGUUUUAACUUA